AUGGCUUUUUCAAACAUAAAACUUCUAUACCAUCCGGAACACUACCAUGGUGAUGAUGAUAAAGAAAAUUUUUUCGAGGGUUGGUAUUUUAAAACAGUAUCGAAUGAUGAUAAUAAAACAUUUAUCGUAAUAGUAGGGAUUUAUCAUGCUCCUACAAGGAACAAAGGUAAUGAAUCUCAUGCUUUUGUAAUGAUCCUUCUUUCUGGAUUUGAUUGUCUCUAUUAUCGAUACGAAAUCAACGAAUUUGAAACGAGUUCCAGCGCUGAUAUGGAGUUUUAUGUAAGAGUUGGUAAUAAUAAGUUUCAAAAAAGUGGCAUAACACUUGACCUUUCCUCUUCACGACUGAUAAAGCCUACUGAUAAAGAGUAUGAAGAAUACAUUGACUUUUUAGUUAAGGAUUGGAUUAAUAUAAUCAAUUUUAAAUCGUCAAAUUAUUCUAAUGCUGAAUCACAAGUAGUUGUUUCGUCUACAAUGAAACAAAAUCUUUUGAAAAAUAUCAUUCAUCCUCAAUUUGUUUCAUGUUCUAUACAUGGACACAUUUCUUUUGAUAAAAUGGUACCAUUUCCCGCCACAUAUGUUUAUCCAAGUGUUAUGGGUCCCUUUGCCUACAUUCCUUUCUUAGAAUGUAAUCACGGAGUUUUAAGUAUGAAUCAUAGAUCUAAUGGUAAUAUAGAGCUUAUUAAUGAAGAGAAUGAAGAUUGUUUCCAAAAAAUCAAUUUUGAAAAUGGAUAUGGAUAUAUAGAAAAAGAUUGGGGUACUAAUUUUCCUCAGUCUUAUAUUUGGGCACAGACUAAUAAUUUCAUGAAUGAUGAAGGGUCUUCAUUAUUAUUUUCUAUAGCGGAUUUCCCAAUAAUUUCACCAGAUAACCUACUCAAUAAGAUUUCUUUUCUUAAAAAAUCAUUUAGUAAUCCUGGACGAUUAAUCAUCUUUUAUCAUGGGAGUACGAAUAUUACAUAUAAUUUUAGUACUUAUACAUUAUCUUUUGUUCGCGAAUUCAAUAUAGAAAUGGACAAUUUUUCCAUGCAACAUAUAAAUAUACACAUUUCAAACAUACAAGGAUUUCAUCUUAAAAUCAAUAUAAAACGUAGGGCUGGUAGAGGAAUUCCUUUGCGUGCACCCGUAAAACAACUCGGAAAAAUGAUUUUAAGAGUUGAGGAAAGUUUGGAUGCAGUAAUUUCUGUAAAAUUAUGGCGAGAUAAUAAUGAUAUUGAGAGUGUUAGUUUUCAUGAUAAGUCUAUCAAUGCAGGAUUGGAGGUCGUUGGUGAUGUUAUGGGGCUUGCUAAAAGGUACCAGAAUUCAAAUUAG